UCAGUCGUGGUUUUCAGCUCGACCCAAGCGAACGGACGUCUUUGAACAGCGGACGCGGCAUAAACCGCACGGAAAACGCAACGAAAUCGAAAGUGUUCACCACGCGACUGGAAUCGCCAAGUGCUUAGCGAGGCGGGGGCAAUAUACCCAUCCGUAAACAUUACGUGUCACCAUGCCGCCGGCUGGUCAACAACUCCGGCUUACGGCCCUUGUUUAUCUGGCAUUAGGUAUUGCACUCUUAUGCAAUGGCAGCGAUGGUGAAACUAGGCAAAAAUACGCCAAUGAAUCACUCGCGGACGCAGACGAUCCAUCUCCAGUUUGGUCGCAAUUUCUCGAAGAUUACGUCUUGAGGUAUGGUUACAGGAGGCUAGGCUAGGGCAACACACUCAUCCAGAUCUUCCCACGCGUCUGUCUUACAUAUAGCCAAGGCAGCAGUAGCAGCGGCAGCCAGCGAAAGUCCAAAGACCUGCCUUAUAUGGGCGCGGACAUGGGCAUCAAUGGACCGCUCAGCUAUCACUCGUCCGCCUACAAGCGACCCGGCAACAAUAUCUACAUCACCAGGAGAAUUGGCGAGGCGGUGGAACUAGAGCCGCAUCUGCGAAAGCCCGUGGAGAGCCAGAGUCCCAUUGUGAAUCCUCAGUUCCGACCCAUGACCAAUCAAAUGUUGCACCAGCAACACCAACAGAUGCAGCAACAACAGCAACAGCAACAGUUGCAGCAACGCCAGCAACCGGGUUUCCUGCAGCAGCUCUUUGGCAUAGGUGGCAGUGGUGGUGGUGGUGGUAGCGGUACCCAGCAACAGCAACAUGUGCGACCAGUGCCGCUGCAACAGCAGCAAGUGCAACAGAUAGCGCAGCAACACCCGCAACAGCAACAUCUUGUGGGCGGUCAGCCGACCACAUUCCGAGCUGUCUCCGAAAAUGAUCUUUAUCUCUUGGGAGCCAUUGAAAAGUUGGUGUAUCGAGUGGAUUACCUGGAGAGUCGCGUGCGGCGCUCGGAGCAGCUGAUCUACUAUCUGAUGGCCGGAAACAAUCAGAAGGAGGUGAAGGAUCCCUGUCCCGCGAACUUCACGCGCAUCAGCGACAACUGCUACUACAUCAACAGCCAGCAGCAGGUGAACUGGAAGACGGCAAACUCUGCCUGCAAGGGUCUAAACUCCCACCUGGCCGAGUUCGAGAAGGUCUCGGAGAAUGAGGAGAUCAUGGCCUAUCUGCUGAAUCAGCCGACGCAUCGUGGUCGCGAUUACUGGCUGGGCGGUCUCAAUCCUGGCCUCCUCUGGAUCUGGUCCAAUUCGGCUAAGCCGGUGAAUCCCAACAUGAAUCUCACAUCCAUUGCGAUGGCCCAGAAGGGGGAGAACUCGACGGCCGCCAAUCUGGUGGACAGUUCGGAGCAGGCGGCAGAGGAGGCGACCGGCGAGGAUGUGCUGAACAACACGGUGCAAAUAGAGGGCAAGGGUCGCUGCCUACGGCUAAGUUACAAUGCCGGAAAGCACAGCUAUGUGUACUACGGACAGGAGUGCACCUCGCGGCACUACUACAUCUGCGAGCACGAGGACAAGACGCUGGACAACAAGAUCAAGAAGAUCACCCGCGAGCUGAAGCUGUUCGAGUGAGGAUGGGAUGCAACCCAUUCCGAUCCUCAUGUGAUACUUCAAGUUACCUAGCCAUAUAUCGCAUAAUUUCAAAUGAAUUUAUUCUUGUGUUACACAUUAAAUAUUUAUAAAUAUUUAUACAAUUAAUAAACAUACCGGAUAGUUUUC